AUGGCGCUGCAAAUAAGGCAAGCGACGGGGAGCCACGUGUGCAGCGAGGAAAAAGAGAGUUGCACUGCAACGGCACGGCGACGUUAUGCCCCGUUGGGAGCAUCCAUGCAGACCAGCACAUCGCCUGCACGAAGAGUUGCUUCUCCCGCUGAGCAAAAAGGAAAAACGGCCUCAGCAGCCCCAAUGAUGAGAGGUCGCCUGCACCUCCUCGCAGCACUUGCAGGCUCUGCAGGCAAAAGGUUGCAGAUGACGCUCUGCUGCACGCAUGACGGCCGUCGCACCCUUCACAAUGGCAAUUGCAUCCUGUGGCACCACACGCCGCAGUCGAUGCGCACAGUCUCCGUCUCCCUCCCUCCUGUCCCUCUCCCUGAGAACUCAUCGGUGGCCGUGGCACACUCACCGACAUGUCAGAAAGCACUUGUUUUUCUUCCCUCGCAUUUCGCACAGCAGCACCGCCAACCUCAUUUUAUCUCCCUUUAUUUUACGUACCCUCUUCCGUCAAAGCUUCCGAUACUGCCGUCCGCCCACCUCCGUUCAUGUCGUCUCCCCUUCGGGUGCUCGCACCACCCUCACGGUCGUUUUUAUUGUUAUCGUCUGGCCGCAUUACGCUUCCAUCAGCACCAUUGGGAAUGA